AUGCCCGACACGGUGCUCAACGGCCGGCUCUCGCAAGAAGCAAGUGGAACUGCUAGCAAGACGAAGAGCGAUGCAACCACCUCCGGAUUGGAACAUCCAGGAGAACCAAGAGGUGCGUCUCGCGUGCUGGGUAGAGAUCCCGAGCCCACUGAGAUCGCGACACCGGGGGAAGAGCCCAGGAGCCAGGCAUCAGAGAGCAAAGCGGUGGCGAGUGUGGUCACGCAGCAAGCUGAAGAUGGACAUGCGAAGGGUGACUCGAGCGGCUGCUACGAUCCCGCUCCGAGCCAGGGCAAGCAAAAGCGGACUCUGUGGCGCCUUGGAAAUUCGGCGGUGAAGGACCACUCUUCGGACUCGGACGAUGCAGCUCAACGGCAAACCAAGGAGCUGUAUCCUUACACGCUCACCCUCAAGCUACGCUCCGUCGACCCGGCCAAAGAUGCCGCAACAUUGCCCCGUUCCAAGCUGCCCUCUCAUCACGUGCCCACACUUGUCUCUCGAGCCGCACUUGCAUCGGAUCAAGUUCUCAAGAGAGCGGCUAGAAGCAUUCAUCCUUUCAAAGCAGAUGCGAGCGAAAACGCUGCUCUGCCAGCUGCAUGGGAUGCCGUGUCGGAAAGAACUAGAGAUCGAAGGACUUCCAAACGCAUUACUCGCGUGGUGCGCUCAGCUGUUGGCAAAGUGGCUCCCUCCACAAUGGCUCCGGAUGCCGGCACUGUGGAUCUGGUCAACGCCAAUUCUGGAGCCCUAGCAUCGCUCACUUUUGAGAACCCAUGGGAUAGCUUUAGGAAACCCAGCGUUGCCGAUGCGCUCAACGGAGGGCUCAAGUGGGGUCUGCCAAGAGGCUAUGAACAGGGUGGAGGUCGCUCAAGGUACAGAGGCGGAGGUAGGAGGCGCAAAGGUCCAGGAGCGGAGAGCGCAAAUGAUGUUGGGCCCAACAUCGAGGUGAGAAAACCUGAUUGGGGCGAGAGACGACUUGAGGACGGGGAGACAGAUCUGCCGCUCCAGGCGCGCAUCACUUGGUUGGGUCACGCUAGCACAUUGGUGCAGCUGCCGCAGGUGCCACGGCCACGCGUUGAGGAGCAAGAGGAAGCUGCAAGCGGAGCGGUUGACGAUGCUUCCGACGAAGAGAAGAACCGCGCGACUCGUCGGCCUUUCAAUAUUCUCAUCGACCCUGUAUUUAGCGAGCGCUGCUCGCCUUCGCAAGUCGCCGGUCCCAUUCGCCACACACCGACUCCAUGCGGAGCGUCGGAUCUCCCUCCCAUCGAUGUUAUACUCAUCAGUCACUCGCACUAUGAUCAUCUUGAUCUAGGCAGCAUACAGGAGCUUCUCAAGGCUCGCGGUAAAGCUUUGCAUGUUCUCGUUCCCCUCGGCAACAAGGCUUGGUUCGAGGCCAAUGGGUUCAAGAAGGAACAAGUCAGCGAACUCGAUUGGUGGGAUGAGGCUUGGUUUUCGAUCUCAAAAGAGGGUAAUGCAGGUUACAGGAUUAUCUGCACACCAGCACAGCAUGGGAGUGGUGAGUCGUGGGACAUUCACAUCACACAAUUUCGGCUAGAUCGUAUGCUCACGGAUCUCCAAUUGUGCGCCGAAUCUGGCCACAGGACGAGGACCUGGCGACAAGGACUCCACGCUUUGGUCCAGCUGGCUCAUCGAGCGCGUACUUGUAAAGGAGACAAGCACCACCACCGCUCCACCAGGCGUCCUCAACAAGGUUACGACGACCAUCACUUCGGCUUUCACCGCCACGAACAAUGUUGUCGUCGGCCGCCAACUUGCCAAGGGCGUUUCAGAACCCACUGAAAAAGCAGCCGAUGAAGUUCCGACGAGCUCCAAAGUUUCAACACUACCUACUGUGUCCACGUUUGAUGAUCUAGAAGCGGAAGCCAAGCGGAGGUACAGGAUAUAUUUUGCGGGUGAUACUGGCUUGCGAGCGCACAACGAGAGUCGAAAACCAAGAGAACGAUACCCGGCUUGCCCAGCAUUCAGAGGUGAGCAAGCGGUUGAAUGGCUGGCCAACUUCGUCAAACGCUCCGACUGAUGCUCGAUCCACGCUUGGCGAACUCAGAAAUUUCCCUGAGGUACGGCGUUCCGCACGUUCUGCUGCUGCCCAUCAGCGUUGGCUCUUCUUUGUCGUACUUUAGAUCAUGGGACCCUCUGCCUAGACGCUACUCGCCAUUCCCUCGCGUCGAGUCUCCCUUGACCAGCGCGAUACACAUGGAUGCUUUUGACGCCGUCGACUGUGCUAGGAUCAUGGCUUUGCGAAUCAGAGCUGGACAAGCAGCUUCCAAGAGUGCAUCGCGAGAAGACGACGAGGAGGUGUUGAGGAGAGAAGAGAGAGCUCGCGCUUUGGGUCCAAAGAAUGGUGUCACUUGCUUGGCAGUGCAUUGUGAGUUUGUAGAGGCGCUUAGGGUUCGCCAUUCGCUAGAUGCAGAUACUUCCAAGGCUGUUGCUGUUCGCUUCGCUGUACGAGUGCGCCUUCCUGACUUUGCUUUUGUCUAAUGCACCAUGUGCACAGAUGGCACGUUCGUACGCAAUUCGUCGCAGACUAUGGACGAUCUUCGAGACCUGGCUCAAGCAUGUGCCAAGGCAGCAUCCAACGGCUCGGCAAGCUCCAUCACACAUCCCCACCGACCUCAUCUGCAUAGACACAACCUUUCUACCGCAACGGCUGCCACUGGACGAACAAACGGCACAGCACAGGGGGACCUCGCGCGCACAAAAAGCAGCAGCGCCAACGUGCUCAUCGACCCGACCAACAUCGUCGACAUGCGCUUCAUCCGCACUCAAGAAGGAGCUUUCGAGAGAUCAAAGGGAAAGGAGCAAGACAUUUUCCUUGUCUCUCAUCAGGGAGAGACUGUAUGGUUCCCGAUUUCGACUUAG